CGUUUUCGAUUAUGAUCGAUAAAACUUAAGGUGAACUUAAUUUGAUCUUUAAUUAUGAUUCUUGGCCUAUUUGGAAACAAAAAUUUUGUGAAACAUCAUAAAAAUGUGAUUUUAUUUAUAUGAAAUUUUUUAUGAAAAUUUUAACAAUUUUAAAAAGAGUUAUGCAGAUAUUCAAAGCAGACAAUUGCAGUUUGCAUCCGCUGGUUUGAUACAAUUGAUUUGUUUGAAGACAUUUAUAAAAUCUGUUACAUAUGGGCAAAAGGAAUAAACGAAGAUGUCAUCCUAAACCAUAUUAUAAAGGGAAACCACUUUGGCAACUUUUGAAAAAUUUGCCAAAUCAUGGUGUUGGCCGCCUAAUCAUUCGUAGCUCCUUCCAACAGGACGAAAAACAACCCAGCUAUAUGCGCAUACUUGCUGUAGAUAUGGCAACAAAGACUAUAAAAAAUCCCAACAAACCCAACAAUAUAAAGAUACCUGUAACAGUCGAAAGGAAAUUGCGGGGAGUAAUUUUCCCUCGACCAGUUAAUAUACAAAGUACUAGCUACUUAUCUGAUUUCAUGCUUAUUCCGGAAACCGAAGAAGAAAAGCUUUUGCGAAACUCAAAGACUGCAAGUGAAUAUAACUAUGUAUAUUGGUCAGUUGCUCAAAAGAGAAGAAUAAGGAAGAUGAUUGCAGGAGGAAUGUCGCCAGAAGAAGCUAAACAGCGGGAGAAAAAGAGAAAAGCCAGAGAAGACGCUGAAGUUCAAGAAUGUGCAGUACUUAACCGAAAUCAAACUAACUUUGAAGAUAAUUUUGAUGAUUACAUCGAUGAGGAAGAAACGGAUGAACUUUGUGACUCUCAGAAUUUUCCUAAAGAGCAAAUUCAGAAAUAUCCAGCAUUCUCUAAAGAAAAAUUUAGUGGUCAAAGUUAUGGUUCAAAAAGGAGCUGUUCUCAAUCAUCAAUUCCAGAGGAAGUCAGUAGCGCAAAAUGGACAAAAUGCCAGUGAAUUAAACUUAUUAAUCUAAAUAGCGAGUCAUUAGUUAUAACAGUUUUUUACGUUUAUAAGUAUUAAAAAGAUUUCAUCUUUAAUUAUAAAUUGAUUCAUCAAAAUAUUUUUUUUUUUAAUUCGAUGAAUUUUACAUAUUUAAACCUGCUUUUGGUUUAAUUACUUUUGGAAGUUUUAAUGAAUUUGAAUAAACAUACAACUGAAUUGAAAUGGUGAAAAAUAGA